AUGAAACUUACGAUUGUUUGCCUCGUUGCCUUACUGAGGGCGACGCAAGCUUCGGCUUCUCCACCGCCGGGCUACCAGUGCCAAGAUUUCUCGGUCGACGUUGCUGUCAACAACGUCACCACGAUUGUUCCGCCCCUUCCAAUCAUCGAAACGCAAGAGCAAGCAACAUCUUACGUUAACGAGCUUGUGCGCCGAGAUGCGCCCACGGUGCAGCCUGUCUUCACUAGCCUCAGCAAAACCUUCAUGGUCAGUGGGGAGUGGUGUGCUCCAGUAGAAAAGGGCCUCAAAAGCUCAACUCUGCAAAUUCUCACCCACGGCUACGGCUUUAAUCGCUCGUACUGGGACUUCCGUCUCGAUCCAACCGAUGCACAGUAUAGCUACAUCGAUGCUGCCACGACUGCAGGGUACAGCGUCCUGUCUUACAACCGUCUUGGCCACGCGCCGUCGUCUAUUCCCGAUCCAUACACCGAGCUACAGGCUCCUGUCGAAGUAGACGUUCUUGUGACGCUCACGCGCAUGGUCCGUGAAGGUGCCAUCCCUGGUCUUGCCAUACCAGACAAGGUAAUACACGUCGGUCACAGCUACGGGUCCGCGUUAACCAUUGGUCUGGCGGAAGUUGCGCCGUCUCUGUCCGAUGGUCUUGUUAUCACUGGCUGGAUUCAAGUCCCCGACUUUGCCGGAUACUUCCUAUCGUCGACAGCCUUCACUAUAGCCAGCGAUGCAGAGCCCUCGCGUUUCCCUGCCGACACCUAUUCGAAAGGUUAUGUUACAUGGCCGUCCGAGGCGGCCAAUCAGUUCGCUUUCUUUGCGUACCCGAACUUCGAAGCAGCUGCUUUGACUGAAGCUGAAGCCACUAAGCAUCCGCUCGCUCUCAAUGAGUUUCUGAGUCAGGGCUUGAUCGGUGCCCAAGCCCCUGAAUUCGAAGGCCCAGUGCUCUUCCUUGUUGGUGAGAGGGAUCAAAUUGCAUGUGGAUACAACUGCACCGGUUUAAUUGGACCAGGAAGUCCGGCUGCAAUGACAUUCAACGCGACAAGAAGCUUCGAGUGGCAGAUUCAUCCGGAGGUUGGACAUGCGUUGAACUUGCACAAGAACGCCACCGCCGCGUAUGACAUCAUUUCUGAGUGGAUUGGCCGGCGUACUUGA